AAAUUAUAUAUGAACAGCAUUUAAGUAACUGAGUUCUCGAACCGUGUUUUUGAUCGUUAUGAUAAAAAUCGUUCAGGAUAUAUCGAAAAAGAUGAAUUAGAUAUAUUGUUGAAUAAUCUGGCAUUGGAAUUAAAUUCUUAGGUUUGUUUUUUAAAAUAAAUUAGUAACCCACAAAAAAGGAGAUUGAUUAUAUGUUGUCCUAUUUGGAUACAAACAAUGACAGUAAAGUGAGCAGAACAGAAUUUUAGAGAUUGGGAGAAUUGAUGGUUAAAGUUUUGGGAAACAUAUGAUUUUAUAUAAAAUAA